GUGCGACUAGCGGUCCUGAUAGCAGCAGGGAUGUCUUUGUGGGUCGUUCAGUCGCAUGAUCAUCUCCUAGCUGAUUAUGUUGACCAGGCUGACAGCCUGGAAAAGAAGCUGGUGAAGGAUUUGCUGGAAGCAUACACCUAUAUUACCCGGCCUGUUCAAAAUGCCAGCUCUGUUGUCACGGUCAGAUUCGGUGUCUGUCUUAACCAAAUACUGGACCUGGAUGAACGAAAUCAAAUCUUAUCCACGGCCCUCUGGAUUUAUGAGGAAUGGUUUGACGAGAGCCUACAGUGGGAGCCUGAGGAUUACGGAAACCUCUCCCGCGUGAUUGUUCCCCCUGACAGUAUAUGGGUGCCCGAUAUCUACAUAUUCAACACCGCGAGUGGACACGAAGAUGGAUUCGUCAACGUUACGCCGAGUAAAGUUAUAGCCGAGUACACAGGAAAACUGCGCUGGAAUGUUCCUCUCAUGGUGAAGAGUUCUUGCUCCGUUGACGUUCGUUAUUUUCCGUACGAUCAGCAGCGGUGUUCGGUCAGGUUUGGCUCUUGGAUAUAUGACGCCAAGCAGAUGGAUCUUAUAGCAGUGGCGGACAAGCCAGACAUGUCGAACUUUGUGACGAAUAGUGAGUUUGACCUUCUGGCCACGACCCUCCGCCGAACACUCUUGGACGGCUCCAAGUGCCCGGGGGACCGUCCCCAACCUCAGGUUAGCUUACACCUAGAGUUUAAAAGACGGUCUAAGUAUUACGACUACAUCGUGGUGACGCCAACCCUCCUACUGUGUCUGCUGACCCUGGUGUCUUAUUUACUACCUUCACACCGCGGAGAGAAGGUGUCUAUCGGGCUGACAGUCGUCCUCACCUUAUACUUCCUACAGCUGCUGAUUGCCGAAAACAUCCCCGUGUCUAAUACACCGCCACUUUUAGGCUUAUUGCUCUUCGCUGUGAUGUCGAUGAACGGCAUUUCCUUGAUAGUUGCCACGCUGGUGAUGAACCUGAAGAAACAAGGUGACGAAAGGUUCUGUACUAAGGUUCCUCGCUGGAUCCUCUGUAUAUGUAGGGCGGUCACGUGCCUCUGUAAGACCCCUCUGGCCAAUCCCAUUGGUUCCUUGAGGUUCAAAGGGCGCAGGCACCGAACUCCCGUCAGACGUCGCCCCGCGCCACGGAAUCAGCACACGGAAAACAACGAAGUCCACCACAAUCCAGACUCUCAUCCAGACAAUACGAUGUCCAGCGACAACGACACUUACGAGUAUGACAGGCAGUUUCAAAAAGAACGCGAACAUUUAUUGCAUGAAAAAAAUGCAACAUUUCAUCGACAGGUGUCGGGUCAGUUCGGCAUAUUCCGUACUGAAAACGGGGAAAUAAUCACCAGCUCAGAAGAUCAGCCCAACACAUGUACCCCUCCGUCAGCAGUGUUUAGGCGCCAAUGCUUGAUCAGGAAACCAACUCUGCGAUACCCAUAUCGCCGUCCCAAAGUUCGCCAGUGGAAAAAUACGGUAGCACCGGCUGUUAGAGAACAGUGGUAUUUUGUAGCGGAUGUGGUCGAUCGUUGUGCUUUUGUAAUAUCUCUCAUAGCUAUGGUCAUCAUGCUGACGACCAUGAUGUGCAUCAUGCCCAAACUGAGCGCAAGUUCCAAUAUGGAGGCGAUGGAUGGCGCGAUAUGAUCACACCUCACACUUGAAAAUAACCUGAAAUAUUGAAAUAUACUUGAAAUAUCUGCAGCGAGAACUUUAUGAUAGCAUGACAAAAAUUGUAGGUGCUUUCUUUUCAAAAAUAGUCAUCAACUAAUUUUAACCGUAACUUCCAUCGGCCUCUUGCACCAGUCGAUCAUAUGUUUCAUCAGUUGUCGCCAUGCUAGUUACAAUCAACUUAGACUACUACCACAUUGUACAAGAGGUUCGACCGCAUGAAGAGAAACAUAUCAUAUUCCUGUAGAAACUCGGAUUCUGCAAACCACAAGUCAUCAAGAGACCAUACUGUAAACAGUGAUCAUUUUACACACUGUGUUACCAGUGUGCGCAUGUGACGACAAAAGCCUCCCCGUCAGUAUAGAGAUCCGUGAAAGCUUGAACAUGAGAGAGUUCUUGUUGCUCUGUACGGGUUAUGUCCCUUAGACCCUGCGAGAAGCCAAACUUCACACACUACAAUAGUUAUACUGCGUAGAGAUAUCUUAAUCAGUGCGGAAAAUUGCGUCUCGUUCAGCCAAAACAUACAUGUUGGGCCAAACGUUCAACACGUAUUUUUACUACUAUUUAUUUUAUUUAUAUUCAAUUCAGUUCAAUUUUUUGGAGAAGGAAGUAUAAUUUUAUCUUGAGAAAACCCUGCAUAUAUAUAUAUAUACGAGGCUAUAUACGAGGGAUACCCAAACGUUAAACAGUACUAAAAUAUGCACGCUCAUUAAUCAAGCGAUACAGGUCUGCAAGCACGAUUCAUUUUACGACUUGAUCAAUGAGAGAAACUCUUUCGUGUAUUAAAAUUUUAAGUGUACAUGGUAUUUUUAUAUACUAAUAGCACUGAAAAAUGACGUUAAUAUUUAAGUCUUCAUCUUAUUCACUUCGGAAAGGCCAAUUCUUUGCCUAAUAAACGUAAUCGAUGUACAUACAAACAUGGUGGGACACUGUACAACUUUGUACACAGAAGCUUGCAGAAAAUAACCAUUGACUUCGUCUUCCAUAUAUAUAAAGUGUAUUACUACUGUAUAUACUAAAUGUUAGCGAUUUUAUAAUAUACAGUGUAUUCUCUUCAGUCAUGUUAGUUACUCGUUUAAAUGUCAUAAACAACACUGUCUAUAUCUUGUUUCUGUUGGUUUAUAUAUACUG